AUCGGCUCGAAACUUGUCGAGUGAGCAAAACUAACCAGAAAGACGAGGACAAACAACUCUACAUAUACACGCAAGCACUUCAGCAACUAACUUGAUGAGUGAACUCCUAAAUUGCUAAUCCUCUGCUGUUUACUCCAAGCUGGUUCUCCAACAAUUUCCCUAUGGCGUCCAUUUUAUCACGCCUCUUGUUGUCGCUGCUCGUUUUCUUCGUCACGGUCCAAUCUCAGUCGAUCAUCAAAAGUCUACCUGGGUUUCCCGGCGAUCUCCCCUUCAAGCUCGAAACCGGGUACAUUGGAGUCAGAGAAUUUGACGACGUGCAGCUAUUUUACUACUUCAUCGAGUCGGAAAGGAGUCCAAAGGACGACCCUCUGAUGCUUUGGCUCACAGGAGGCCCCGGUUGUUCUAGCCUCUUCGGCCUCAUCUACGAAAUCGGUAUGCUGAGUCCUCCAUGCAUGUCUGAUGAUCUCUGGUCUAGCUUAAACUCUUCUUGUGUUGUGGAAAAAGGGAAAGUAGCAGUGAUGGUGGUGAAGUUCAGUUCGAUGUGAAGUCGCAAGUUGAAAAUUCGGUAGACACGAGGUUGAAUGUUAGCUUUCCUUUAGUAAGGUACAGAGUGGAUAAAAAUGUGACAGCUCAUCCGCUCUUCCCGAUUUUUCUCUGGGGAGCGAAUCCUUUUUGUAAGCUUAAAUGUAGCAGUACCUUCAAGAUAAGAUAAGCAUGUGGGAUCAGGAUCACCCUGCGCCGUCAGGCUCUCCUCCCAGGAGGAGAGGGUGCUUGCUGUGGGCCCUAUUGUGUAAUAUUGUCUACUUUAGAUACUGAGUUCUCACGUCUUUAAAACGCGUCAUACA